AUGUCUUCCUCUUGUAUUAAUAGAAAUGAAUCUUCUUAUGAAGAUUUCGAAGCAAAACGUCAGAAUAAUCUCGAAGAUAAUCGUCGUUUUCUUGCGGCACUGAAAAUUAACGAUAUUCGUAAUGAAAUUAAAGAGAUAACGAGUAAUAGUAUUGAAACUGAAAGUAACACUUCGAAUGGACGACAAGCUGCAAAAAAAAAUUUAAAACCGGAUGCUGUUCGUCGAGGUUCCAGAGUUCGAAAGAAUGUCGUUGAAAUUGAAAAUGUAUCACCAACGGAAGAGAAACAGAAGAAGAAAACGAUAACAAAAAAGACAGAUGAAAAUAAAACUCAUUCUCAACUAAAAAUCAAAUUACAAUUACCUGAACAUAUGUUAGUACGAUACCAAUCAACCAGUAAAAAGGUCGCUUUACACAAUCCUAAGGCAAAAUUCGGUGAUGAUCUUAAUGAAACUGCAUUGAUGUGA